UGUUGAUAUUUUCUAGUUUAUUACCCUUAUUGGGGUAGUUUAAUUCUGUGUGUUUAGUUGCCAGAAGACAAAUUUACAUCAUUUGCAGUUUUGCACCAUUUCUGCAAUCUGCUUCAGCGUUUCAUUUGUCUCAGAAAAAUAGUAUGCAGGGCGAUUUUGUUUGUUUCGUAACAAACUGUACAUGGAUCUAUCAACAGGAAGUGCGAGUGUGGAGCCUCUGUCAGCAUGCAUGAAAAUACCUUUCUCCUCAGAACAUCACGCUGAGGUAGCGUACAACUCCCUUCGUAUUGAUCCAGAACCCAAGAGAGCACUCUGUUCCAAAAAGCUGUCGCUUCAUGGAAAUAUACUGCAGGUGGACUUUGUCGCUCAGGGACCUAGGCAUCUUCGAUCGAGCAUGAGGUCAUUCUCCGAACUCCUGCUACUAGUCAUCAAGACCAUAGAACGAUUUCACCCGAAGCCAUUGUGAGAAACAUGGCCGUCAAGACACCCGCACCGUCACCGAUUAGGGGCAUCUACGGAUACGUCCUCUACGUGUCCUGCUGGUUGGGGUUCCUCCUGUACGUCAUUUGGGCCUACUUGCCCAG